AUGCUCUUCACACAGGAACGCGAAAGACUGAUUGCAAAAUUUGGUGCUCUGCAUAUGACUGAUGAUGAUACGGCAUUCGUUUUGAAAAAUUUAGAAUUGUACAAUGAAGACCAACGUCGCCGAUUGACGGGCAACGUUGUUGAAAUCAAGCAUAUACCAUUGCGCAAGACAACUACUGAAAUUAGUAUCUCUUCCGCCGAUCAUGAUAGAACAAGUCAACUGAAUGAAACUAAUUCUAAUUGUGGUAAACUCUUCCUCGACAAAGAUUCAGAACCAAUGACACCCGAGUCUCAAAGUCUUCUAGAUGAAAUGUUUUCAUCUUAA